CCCCCGCUAUGUAUCCCGGUGCUAUUCCCCAGCCCUCGAUGUACGAUGGCAAUUCGUUAAACACGGUGGAUUAUGGCUCCUUUAUCAAUUUUCAUGAAGAGCAACCGGAGUAUGCCUGGGAUGACAGCGCUUCCCCGAACAUGAAGACCACCAACUCCGCAUGCGGCGAUCAUUACGCUGGAGACUACUAUAACAUCAACUCCGCGAACGAACAGCAAUACGCCAUCGAUCCCUCGUCGACGUCCUACGACAAUUCCGCGUACGUGGCUUCAAGCGGAAACGUCAGCGAAUAUGGGUCUAUGCAGGAGAACUACGUUCCGACGGGAUAUGACAUGUAUGGUACUGCCCACUACGCCGAGCCUGUAACAUACGGAUAUCCUCACUCUGUCGAGUCUGCCGUCAACUAUACUUCUUACCCACCGGCUGCGAUCCCAGUGCAGGACCACCAGGAGUGCGGCACAGACUACUUUCCUCCACCACUGACUCAAGUUCCCAUUCCGCCUAUAAACCUGAUCCCAUGCCCUGCUGCAUCGUCUGAAUUCCUUCAGUAUUCUGGACGCGCCGACUACUCUUCCGCGGACCAUCCACAUCAUCGCGAGCAUCGCGAGCACCGUGUAGAACACGUUUCGGGCGAUCGCGCUCGACUCCACAUUCACGUCUCGUCUGGACCUCCAGCAUCAAGUUCCCAUACUCGCACGCGGAAGGUCACAAGGUCACCCCUUGAGCUUGCGUGCUACUUCUGUCGGGGAAGGAAGAUCGCCUGUGGAUGGCCAGAGGGUGCGGAAGUGAUGGAUCAAUCCAGAUGCUACGAAUGCUAUCGUAGAGAACAAGACUGUCGAUACCCCUCGGUGCGUGUGUCGGCCAUGCCACAUAGUCGUGUGCUGACCUCGAGGCUCAGAAGUCGCGUCGUGGACAACGAAGGAUUUUGACUGCGUUCACAUAGUCUUGUCAUCGCCCGUCGUCUUUUUCUCUUUGUCUUUCUGCUCUGGACAUUUGCGCCUUCACUUCCCUUCGCGGCAUUUAAUGUUCACUAAUGUUUUCUGCCCUUGUUCACGUCUAUCGUUCUUCGUCAAUUUGGUUUCUUUCCUCUACAGUACAGUCUUCAUCCUGUCCUCGCUGAUCUUCUUUCUCGGCCAUCCUCUUGCUCUGCCGAAAACACGCUUUCUACAUUACUCGCCAUCUCACUCUCGCUUUGCCUGCAUUUCCGCUCUCUCAUUGUUUUGCCAUGUACCUAUUUUAUUGCCUUAGCUCUGUAUGAUAGCUUGCUCCUAUCCUGUGUAAGCAUUAAUAGUCAGUACCCCGGGUUGCCAUACAUAUAUGACGGGUUUUAUUGGUUAUUAUGGUGGCCAUACCGUCUCUCUUGAUGUUCCAUACGUUACAUACUACCUGCUACUGUCCUUACUAGUCCUCACUGUCUUGGGUAAUGUUCUGGGAACCAAUCCCAAACCUUUCUGUUGCACUGUUGAG